AUGAAGUACCUCGCUGCCUACCUUCUGUUGGCCCUUGCUGGCAACAACACCCCCUCCGCUGAGGACAUCAAGUCCGUCCUCUCCGCCGUCGGCAUCGACGCUGAGGAGGAGCGCCUCCAGAAGCUCCUUGCUGAGCUCGAGGGCAAGGACCUCCAGGAGCUCAUCUCCGAGGGUUCCCAGAAGCUUGCUUCCGUUCCCUCCGGUGGUGCCGGUGCUGCUGCUGCUGCCCCCGCUGCCGCUGGCGCCGCUGCUGAGGCUCCCGCUGAGGAGAAGAAGGAGGAGGCCGCUGAGGAGUCCGAUGAGGACAUGGGCUUCGGUCUCUUCGACUAAGCGCCUUCACUCCGAACACCGAGAAAAACGUAACAGUUCGUGGGGGAACAGAAAUCUGGCGGUUAUUUUCAGUCUAGGGAGGAAAAUUACCCAUUGGUCCAGUCAAGCCGGUGUUUGCCAGGCUUUAUUGAUGCAGUUACGAAUUAUGCAUGCGUGAGCUGGAAAAAGCUUUAGCCAAUACAGAUUCUCUGACCUCCCGAUUGAUUGAGUGACAUUACAUUUCGUAGAACGUACGUAGUAUGGGAUUCUUUGCGCGG